AUGCGUUCUGCACUCUUCGCUGCCACUGCUUCAUUGCUGGCCAUUGCUUCAGGUCUUCCAGCCUCCAAGAACUAUGUGGUUCAUGAGAAGCGCAGCGAGGCUUCGAGCUGGGCUCCUGUAAAAGAUGCCAAGCCUGACGGCCGCAUCAUUGUACCCGUGCGCAUUGGCUUGACGGAGAGCAACCUCCAUUUAGGCGAUCAUAUUCUAAAUGAGGUCUCUGAUCCUACAAAGAAGACAUAUGGGAAGCAUUUGACGCCAGAACAAAUAAUUGAGCUCUUUGCGCCGUCACAAGAUGCCAUUGAAAUAGUGCACGACUGGCUUGUGACAUCAGGAAUCGACAAGUCCCGCAUUGCCUUGUCAAAAGGCAGAAACUGGUACAACUUCAAUGCCAGUAUCGCCGAAGUUGAGGGAUUACUGCGGACCCAGUACAAUAUCUACUCGCAUGCUUCUGGACAAGAGCACAUUGCAUGCGACGAUUACAGCGUCCCCCAGGAGAUUCAGGAGCAUAUUGACUUCAUCCUUCCUACCGUUCAUUUUGACACACAGAUUGCUGCGAACCCAGAAAUGAAGAAAGUGAGACGUGAUAUUCCGGCCUAUCUGAAGCCUGGAGAUCCUGGCAAUGGCUUCCUACCAAAGAAAGGGAAAACGAUCAAAGGCCCUGGCGCUCAGCCCGAUGCUGCUCUGCCCUUUUCCACAACGAAUUGCAAUACCCAGAUCACGCCCGAAUGCUUACGAGCCCUGUACGGUCUUCCAAUGGGUAGCCUCGCAAAGUCUUCCUACGGGAUCGUCGAAUACACGCCCCAAGCGUACCUACAGGGCGAUCUCAACUUGUUCUACUCAAAUCUGGCCACAAACGUUCCGUCUGGUACAGCUCCAACUCUCGACUCAAUCGAUGGCGGAGUGGAUCAAACUACGACACAAAGCUUCAACGACAACGGCGAGUCAGAUCUUGAUCUGGAAUAUGCAAUUGCGCUAGUGUAUCCCCAAAAGGUGACGCUCUACCAGACGGGCGAUCUUGUCGAAGGAGCAUCAUUCAACAACUUCCUUGAUGGCAUAGACGCUUCCUAUUGUACUUCAGGCGGCGGAGAUAAUCCGACCUACGAUGCUACGUAUCCUGAUACCGCCUCGGGAGGUUACAAGAGCAAAGAUUGCGGCAAAUUCGCCCCCACUGCCGUCAUCUCCACUUCCUAUGGCUACAACGAAGCCGAUCUCACAUCCGCAUACGAGAAUCGCCAAUGCAACGAGUAUAUGAAACUUGGGAUGCAAGGCACAACAGUCCUUUACUCUUCGGGCGACUACGGCGUCGCAGGGAAUGGCGGCAUUAACAUUCUGCUUCCCACAGGCGCCGGUGGCACAUACUCCACAUCAGGCAAGACCUUCAACCCGUCCUUCCCCGCGACCUGCCCCUACGUCACCGCCGUAGGCGCCACCCAGAUCAAGCCCGGUGCAUCUGUCACAGCGCCCGAGGAAGCCUGCGAAACCGUCAUCUACUCCGGCGGCGGCUUCUCCAACGUCUUCCCCAUCCCCUCGUACCAAUCCUCCGUCGUGGCCACCUACUUCAAGAACCACAAGCCCCCCUACACAGCCACGCAAUACAACAACAACCAGUCAGCCCGCGGCUACCCCGACGUCGCCGCCAACGGCGCUAACUACGUCGUCGCUGUGGACGGCUCUCUUAGUCUCAUCUAUGGCACAUCCGCCUCUUCUCCAACAUUCGGCAGCGUCAUCACGCUUAUCAAUGAGCAGCGCGCGAAUGCGGGCAAGGGGUCUGUGGGCUUUCUUAAUCCAACGCUAUAUGCGAAUCCAACGAUUUUGAAUGAUAUUGUUACUGGGGGUAAUCAAGGGUGUGGGACAGCCGGCUUUACGGCGGUCACUGGAUGGGAUCCUGUCACGGGGCUGGGGACGCCGAAUUAUCCGAAGAUGUUGAGUACGUUUAGUGCGUUGCCUUGA